AUGUUUGAAGGACGACAAGGAAAACAAUAUAGAGAGAGGUGGCAGAACUAUUUUCGUCCUGACAUUAUCAAGAUUAUUAAAGAUGAUGACAUCAACUGUGAAUACAGUUUGGACACUAGAGCGCAAAUCACUGCCUCGUUGAAUGAUGCGUCGACAACAACAGUUGAUGUACCAGUUCCAUCAUCAGCUACUUUUGAGGAUGAUUUCACAGAACUUUGGGACCAAUAG